CUCAUUACUAUCAAGGAUGGUAAAGGCAAAGAAGACAAGGGUGCAACACGACUAUACCGUGUCAUCAUGGCAGAAUCAAAGCAUCUCAUCUGGAAAAUCCGCUGCGAAAGACGCAUAUCCAAGGGAGACGACCCUGAACAGUACCACUCUGAGAAAGAAAUUCACAACAGAUGGCUCCACCAAGUAAAUCUGCGCCUACAGCUAGACCAAGCCAUGACAAAUGCUAAGAAGUAUGGACCAAAGGCACUCAGUAAGAAGAAAGUAACUGAGACUUGGAGCGGGACACUUCUCAAUGAAGAGGACCUCCCAAAAGACUGGGUAAAUAAAAGCGGGGUUUUAGUGGGUAUACAGGAUUUUGGGCAUCGUUAA